AAGAGUGCAAAUCUUGUUUGGUCUGGGUCUAUGAACUAAAGCGUGACUUUAACGAUAUAUACAGGGUUAAAAAAACAAGCCUUGCAAAUGUCUCGUUAGCCUUAGCCAUUAGUUUCAAUCGAGUACUUAAAAAAGGACACAGAGGAUGGAUAAUUAUUAACAUAAUACUGCCAGGCAUUCAAUAGCAACUUUUCUUUUACUAAAGCUAGUGUAAUGUCCUUCUCUGACAGUAUAAAUCGUAACCUCAUUACCAAUCUAUCAUGAGACUUGAAUUAAGUUGGCAUGUUUAUGGUGACAUAUAAAAGCGCGAAAUAGGAUGUUUCAGCGUUUUUGUCAAUAAAGGAAAUAAAAACACUCGUGAGAAAAUAUUUGAAACUACGACACGACUCCUUAAAAUCCAUCUUCAAAUCGAUGGGGGAUCAAUAAUCACUGAACCAACAUAAUGACCACGGCGAGAAUCUCUUCUAGAUGUCAUGCAUUAGCUGUACGAGUCCGAUUAGACGUGGUAGGCUGGAGCUCGGUGAAAGCCGUCAUGCAAGUGAAGCUGUGAGCCCAGCGGAGAGCGAGGCUGUUCAGAACUGGGAACUGGUGAAUGGCAAUCUGUUGGUGAACUUACGCGGACGGCUGUCAGACGGCGACACGGGAGCCUUGCGUAAAACAAAGUGGAGCGCCUACAAGUCUGGAGCUAACCAACUCCGUAAAGAGGAUACACAAGUUGGGUCGGACGAACUGCUAAUCACUUGUUACCAGCGCUACGCUGUUAGUAACAUGCCUGCCAUCAAAAAGGAGAGGCUGGAUGGGGAAGAUAUGGCAUUAGCUGCCUUCAACCAUCCCGAAUACCUGGCCCCUUUAAAUGCCACCGCUAUCCCCGUGGUGACCCCUCAUCCUCCGCCGUACGACCACAUUUUCGCCCAUCAUCGCGCUUACUUGGGGCUACACGACACAACGCUGCAUCACCAGAGCCUCCACCACCACCCGGACGACUUAAUGCUGGAGAGAUUCUCCUCCAUCCCGGACUUUCAGCCGUUUUUUGACAACGGGGAACCGUGUAUCGAAGUGGAAUGCGGGGAGAACAAGGCAUUACUCUAUAUUAACAAACUGUGUCAGGGCAGUAAGGGACCCUCAAUCAAAUAUCGGGGUGAGUGGCUAACCCCGAACGAGUUCCAGUUUGUGAGUGGACGGGAGACUGCAAAAGACUGGAAACGAAGUAUCAGACACAAAGGAAAGAGCUUGAAGACCCUUAUGUCCAAAGGAAUCUUACAGGUACACCCUCCAAUCUGUGAUUGCCCUGGCUGUCGGAUUUCAUCUCCAGUGAACCGUGGGCGUUUGGCAGAGAAGCGUACCGUCCCCCUCCCCCCAACCCGCAUCCCCAAGAAGGAGUUGGCCUCCAUCUUCAGCAGCGACGAUAGCGAGGGCAGCGAGCGUGCCAGCGGAGACCAUGCCGACAUCAAGCAGGAGGAUGACCUGCACUACAGUAUCAUGAGAAAGAGUCGUGACAGUGACCUCUCAACGAUCAUCUCCAACCUGCACAACACCCGACAGCACGGCAUGCCCGAGGGCCAGCCCUGCACCGACAUCAACAACCUUGGCCCCGGACAGGCAGAUGACAUUUUAGGCAAGAGGAGAGCAUAUUCACCCAACAGCAGCAGCGAGUGCGCUUCCGAGAGCAAGAAGUCCCGAAGUGUGUCUCCUAAAGAGAACUCACACACCCCUGUGUUGGAGCCGGGAAGUCACAUGACCCCCGAGGAGCACUACCGGCGGAUGAUGUCAGCGCUCAACGAGCACGGCUCUUAUGAGGAGCAGCAGCAACGCCUCUACCAGCUGGCCAACAACAUGGGCGUCCCCAGCCACGGAGAGCUGCUGCGGGUGCGUCAGGAGGCCAUGGCCGCCGUGAGGAACCCCGGGGCGAUGGAGGCCCACCUGCCCUCCGCCGGCAGCUCCUCCAGCCAGCGCCGCAAGCAGGGUCUGCCCCAGCACCGCGACGCCCACUUCAGUGAGAGAGAGAUGUCCCAUCCUCCCCCGCUGCUGUCCCCUCAGAAUGCCCCUCACAUCGCCCUGGGCCCUCACCUUCGACCUCCAUUCCUGGGGAUGCCCUCUGCACUCUGCCAAGCGCCAGGCUAUGGCUUCCUCCAGCCGGCCCAGGCCGAGAUGUUCGCACGUCAGCAGGAGAUGCUGCGCAAACAGAACCUGGCCAGGUUAGAGAUGUCCGCAGAGCUGUUGCGUCAGAAGGAGCUGGAGAACCUGCACCGGCAGCGCCUGCUGUCGGACCCACUGGGGCUGCACACGGGCCUGCCGCCCGAGCACCCGGCGCUGCGCAGCCUGCAGGACAUCCCCGAGGGCCACCCGCUGCGUGACGAGCUGAACCGCCGCAGCGCCAUGCUGGUGCUGCGCCACAGCAACACGCCGCUGCUCUCGCUCAACCACCAGGGGGCCUCGCAGCAGGCCGCCACGCCCUCCAAGGAGUCCUCGUCGGCGUCGGCCUCCGCCGCUGCCGCGCGCAAGAGUGCUCGGAAGAGCGUGCUGGGGCUCCGAGGCGAGCUGGCCGGAGGGUCGUUCGAGGGGAAGGAGGGCCACGCGGAGGGCCGCCGCAGGGACGUAGACACGGACGGCGGCGACGAAGAGAUGAAGGACUCGGACAGCGAUGGCGAGGGGGUGGACGAGCGGCUGGAGAGGGGCGGCGGGAAGUCGUCCGACGGCCACGGGCUCGGGAACUCGGACGGUUGCCACCACCCGAGCAAGGACGGGGCGAAGUCGGGCGAGGCUGGCAUGAAGGAGCUGGGCGAGAGCUCGGGUCGUCUCAGCGCCCCGUGCAGCUCGGCUGGCGCCGAGUCGCCCAACCACCACCUCUACGCCCCGGGCCUGGGCAAGAGUGAGGCCAAGUACCUGCCUGCCGGAGUCAUGCCCCCGCUGCCAACGCUGCCAGGCCACGCGCUGCCCUUCGGCUUUCCCUACGCCAAUCCCUACUUCCACUCGGGCGCCAUGGGAGGUCUGUUCCUGGACGGGGAGGAGGCCGUGCCGCUGGAGGACAUCAGCAAGUGGACGGUGGAGGAGGUGUGCAGCUUCGUGGGCAGCCUUCCGGGCUGUGCCGAGUACACGCAGGUGUUCAGGGAGCAGGCCAUCGACGGAGAGACUCUGCCCCUGCUGACCGAGGAGCACCUGCUAAACAACAUGGGCCUAAAGCUGGGCCCGGCCCUUAAGAUCCGCUCACAGGUGGCACGGCGCAUUGGCAGGAUAUUCUACAUGACCAGCUUCCCGCUGGCUCUCCCGCUGCCGCCAUCUGCACUGCGCCCCCCGGACCGGGACCCCCUGCCCAUGGAGACGCGGCCCCCCUCCGCCGGCAGCACCUCCUCCCCCUACAGCGCCCCGCGGCCGGCCCGCGCCACCCCCAAGCAGGAGAACGGAAGCACGGUCUCGGCGGGAGCCUACGACUCCUCCAGCACCAAGCCCCCCCUCGUAGAAGUGACGCUUACCCGCCCUCCCUCCAGCCUGCCCCCCCCCCCCCCCCCCCCCCCCCCUCCACCAGCAGCCCCCUCUCCUCUUUCCUGGCAGUGACUACGUGUAGAAGCGGGGGUUCAGUGACGAGAUGUUAGAGAGAGACUGAGGAUAGAGGGACAAAAUGGAGGGCCUUCAGACUGUUUGUCCACUCUCUCUCACACACACUUACACUCACACAUACACACACACACACACACUCGCUCUCUUUCUUUUGCUUCCUCUCGAGAUGACAAAACAAAAAGACAUUGAGGACCUUUUGAUCACAGGCACUUAACAUUUGUGGAUACUGGACAAUGAUGUGUUGAAUGAAUGAAAGAGGAGAAAGAAGACUAGACAAAACAAAACGUUAAUGAACAAUCAAACUGAGCUCCUCCCCGCACACCUCCACCUUCAGCCGGGGCUGCGAGCAGGCCAACGCCAAAGACAUGGAGCAGGGGGCUGGAGAGGAAGCAGGAAGUGAGAGGGAAGAGUUUUUUUCUUCGGGGAGUAUGGGGGCUGAGAAGUGGGUGGUGGGGCACAAGAGGAGCAGACAGCUGGUCUCUCACAGCUUGCCAAAAAAAAAAAAAAAAAAGAAAAAAAAAAAAGAAAAUGCAAUCUCCGCCUCUCCCAAAAGCAGACAAAAAACAGCAUUCUUCUAGGUCAGACAGACAUACAGACAGACAGUCAGACAGACAGAUAGAAGGACGUUCGGAAAAGCCUCCUCACCCGGGGCUGGACUCUCCAUGGUACCCAAAGCUUUCAGCACAGUCGAAAAAAAAAAGAAAAAAGAAAAAAAAAAAUAGAGGAUGUUCCCUUGUUUCACUUUCCCUAAUUUCCCAUCCAUUUCACAAAACUGACUUAUCUCAGAGAUGGGUCUCCUCCUCAAAGGCAGAAAGGAACUCAACUCAACUCUGCGCUGAUGCAACUAUGCAUUCCACAGUCCAAAAAACCAAAGAUGAGUGGACGUGUGGAAUUUUAGCUAGUGUCUAGUGUCCUUCUUUUCAUGGUUUUCUUUUGGGGGCUUACUGGUAAUGGUCAGACAUGGUACAAUAUUGUUCUGGGGGAUUGGGAGGUGAGAAUACAGAUUUGACUUGUAGAAAAUGCAGGUGUUGUGCUAAGCCGUCCAGUUGACCAAAAGCCAAGGGCCUCCACUGUGGUUUCUGUCCCCUGUCGCUCUUAAGUUCUCAUACAGGGCUCUUCAUACUGCUAACCGGCCCCUGGCUCUUUUGUAUGGGCUAACUGGUAUGUGAUAGCUCUGGCCUCUGGCUUUGGCUUUGGCUUUGUACCGGGACCAAAGGUCACGCGUACUACUACUGUGGGAGAACAAGAUGAUGCUGAAUUGUACAGUAAAAAAUGCUUAAGAUGAAAAUAUACUGAAGGUUACAUAAGUGGUACUUCUCUGUUAAGUGUAGCUGCACGAAUUGCAUUUUCUUCAGUACCGAACGAAAUGUGACUUGCUGGUACGUUUUUGUUCAAGCCUUUUUAUGUUUUUGUUUGCUAUGUAUUCCAAUUGUAAUAUUAUGAGCCCCACUUUUGAAAUGCGCAUUCAGCAUAGAAAUAUGAGGAAAAAGUAUUUAUAGGAAUUUUGUUGUAUGUAGUUAGAUGGACAGAAUACAACAUGUAUAAAUAAAUCAUCCUUUUAAAAUGGAUCCCAAAGAACAAUACUUUUUUCUCUUUGUUGCAGGGAAAAAUUAAAAGGCACAAAGCUCUUUAUGCAAUUAUUAUUUUUUUCUUUUUAAAAAUAUAUGUAAGCAAUGAAUUACAAUGGUCUCUAGAUUUCCCAUCAAUGUUUUUUUUUUUUGUCCUUCAUCCUAUUUUUCUAUUCACCACUGGGGUUGAAAUAAAUCCUUAUGGAAAACUUC